AUGCCCCCGCCCUACCCCGAAGCUUAUCGAGAGACUGGAGAGCCUCGCGAGAGCCGGGCCCGAAAGCGAGCCGUGAACUCCUUCGUGGUUGGCCUCUCCUUCCUCCAUCUGCGGCGUCCUCGGAAGGCGCCUGCCGAAAUGCUGUUGGGAAGGAAACUCAGCUCGGAGCAGUGGGCCACAGUUAGACGUUUCGAAAGGCUGUUGGAAGCGUGGCUAAUUCAUCCGUUGGUCACUUCCGAAACUCUCGGGAGAAAUGCAGCUAAAGUAGAGGAAAUCGAUGCCGUGCUCAGUGACCUCGAGGCCGUCCUGAUCGGCCUCUUCCCCGAGGGCACCUACAACCGGUUUGGCCGCGAGGAUCUCAAGCCUGGCCAGCCCCCGUCUUGUGGAGUGAACCGUGUAGGGAAACUCGCAUCUAGCCUAGGGACCUCUUUCAAGAAGCUCGACCCCGACCGGAUCUCCUUUAUCGGCGAGCCCUCCUUUGACCCGGCUCCGUACUUAGAUAAGAUCGGGCGCGAGAUCUUCUUGGAUCCCUUACGGCACGCCCUGCUUCCUUGGGAGUUUUUCGGUGAGCUCCCCGCGGUCCAGGUGCACAUCGUCGACGGCAAGAGGGAUCGCUUUCUGGAUCUUUUGGAUGCGAGCGGGAGGUUGGCCCUUUUUAGACCCGAAGACGUUCGACUUGAAUUCCUUUCGGGUGUCUUCGCUGUAGGCAAGGACAGCUCGAAGGACCGCAUGAUCCUGGACGCAAGGCGACCCAAUGCCUUGGAGCACCCGAUUGGUCGGUGGAUUCGAAGCUUAGCGUCCGGGGAAAGUUUGUGCCGGCUCAUCCUGAUGCCAGGCGAGCGCCUGGUCUUCUCGGGGAAUGACGUCCGAGACUUCUAUCACUUGUUCAAAGUGCCCAAGAACAGAUCGAUCCGAAACAGCAUGAACAUGUUCGUUCCUGAGGAUGUGUGCCGCAAUUUUCGUGCCUACGAUCCUGAACUACAUGCUGGAGCUCGGUACUUAAUACCUUCCCUGAACACGUUAGCAAUGGGAGACUGCCAAGCAGUGGAAAUAGCUCAAACCUGCCACCUUAGCAUGGCUUGGCGAUCAGGUGCCCUCGAGCCGGAGUCCACAUUGACAUUGGCGGGACCUCCGCCCCGGUCUCGAACCUUCGGAGGGAUCGUCAUAGACGACUUCGUUUGUGCUGAAAAGGUCGGAGGGGACUUUCGCGGCGGGGAGCACCGAAGCGGCGGCGCAAAGGCGGCCGACCUCAUGAGUGAUACGUAUGUCGCAGAGGGCUUGAUACCGCACCCCGGCAAGGCCUUUCGUGAUCUACCUCAGGCGACCUUUUGGGGUACAGAUGUGGACGGUGAGGCCGGUUUGGUACGAGCUUCCCUCGUCAGGGCCAUUCCCCUGAUGCACAUCAUUUUUCGGGUUGUGACCGUGAAGUUUGCCACUGCCCGGCUCCUGCAGGUCAUCUCGGGAUCUCUCGUUUCCAUUUUCAUCUACAAAAGCCGCUUGCUUUCCCUCCUGAACAUCGUGUUUGCCGUUGUUCAGCACCACGAGGCCGAUGAUAUCAUACCGCUCGGGCCCGAACUUCAGGAGGAGCUCGUCUUGUGCGCCUUAAUGAUCCCGCUGGCUGUCUCAAACAUUCGAGCCGCCAUCCUGCCUCAGGUCUACGCGACCGAUGCCUCAGGAUGGGGCGAAGCAGAAGUGGAAGCGGAGGUUCCGAGUGAGAUCGCCCGGGAGGGGGUGCGCCACUCAUUGAGGAAGUCGGUGUGGACUCGUCUCCUAGGGCCCACAUCAUCUUUAGCACGACUCCACGGCACUCUAGAUCCCAGCGAAGAGCUUCCUGAAGGGCAACAGUACUCGAUGCAUCCUUUGUGGGAGGUGCUGACUCGCUGCCCUCGUUACAGGACAGCGUGGAAGGCAAAGAGCGAGGCUCGACGCCACAUCAACGUGUCCGAGCUCAGAGCAUUCUUACGGUCCGAAAGACGGCAGGCUCGGCACCAUCCAAGCAGCCGGGCACUUCGAGGGUCUGAUUCUCAGGUCACUCUAGGGUGCGUGCAGAAAGGGAGAUCGUCGAGUUUGGCAUUGAACAGUCUACUGCAGCAGUCCGUGCCGUGCAUCAUUGGGGCCGACGUCACCAGUGAAAGUUUCUAUGUUGACACCAGGCUCAACAGGGCUGACGAUCCCACCCGAGGCUUGGAGGUGCGUGGCCCAGAUCUCGAGAUGCCCGAGUGGUGGUCCGACUUAUCCUCAGGCAACUACACCACUUUCGACAAGUGGCUUGAAGAGGCCGGGGAAACACUUUCCACGCAACUCGACAUCCCAAGUCCUUGCGAACUCCUCGGCGAUGUGUGGUCCCGCCAGCAGGCCCUGCCACGGACAGAAGGGCCGCGAGACCUGACGGAGUCAGGGUCUAGAAGUGAGGGUGGGGCCCUUACAGAGUCUAGCAUUUUCGGAGCCGAGCUCAUCGGCAUUCUUCGGAGCUUCAGCAGCAGCCUCUUUGUGUGGCCCCAAAACCGAGACCACUGCAGCACUUGGGUCUUCAACAAACCUGGGUACUUAGACCUCUUUGCUGGUAGACGCGGGGUCGCCAAAGUUGUUUCCGCGGCUGCUGCAACUUGGUCGCUCUGCAUAGACAUUCGUGACGGUCCGGACUGCGACCUUCUCGAAGUGGAGCUUCGGGAAAAAAUCGAGCGCUUAAUCCAAGGUGGCGUCUUCUUUGCCAUCGGGGCUGCCAUUGGAGCUUCCUCUUUUUCUGUUGCCGUGCAGCCUGCGGUUCGGACAUCAGAGUUCCCUGCAGGGUUACCGAAUCUCCAUGAAGGCAUGGCCGAGAAAGUUGCGAAUGGAAAUCUGCUUUCAGCUUGGCUCGCCAGACUGGUUCAAUUAUGUCUUUUACGUGACGUGAUUUUCUGGAUUGAAAAUCCCGCUCGCUCUUGGCUGUGGCGACAGAGCGAGUGGAAAAGCAUUCGAGAGCAUCGUGAUGUAGGCUACUUCUCCAGUGACAUGUGCGCGUUCGGGGCCCCUUGGAAGAAACCGACUAAGGUGCUCACGAACUCGAGUCUUCGGGAGCUCAAAAUCAACUGCCCGGGAUGCUUACGACACCUAUCUCUGAGAGGUUACAGUCGGAGAUUCAAGCAGGCCUGGACGAGAGUCUCGGAACCUUUUCCGAAACAGUUUUCAGGUUUGCUUGGAGAAGUCAUCGCUUGUUAUUCGGUUGGUUCAGAACGGCUCCGAGAACGGCUCGAUUUAGCGGCCUGCGCGAAGAUCACCAAUGAGAUCAUCGGCGAGGCCAGCCACCCAGGACCGCGGCCCCCCAGAGGUCAAGUCCGGGCAGCGCGAAAUCAGAAUCUCGAUGAUGUCAAGCUCGUUUCAGCUCAGACCGAAAAGCUGCAGGAGCGGAUCUGGUCCAGAUUCCAAGCGUGGGUGAUCGACGGGACCUCCCCGUCAGCUAGUGACGAGCUGCUGAGCGAAGCUGUGCUGCUUUCGGCCUUGGUUUGUGGAUUUGGAAAGUACCUCUUCAGCACUGGAGAAUCUCUCUAUCUCUUCAGACAUUUGAUCCUAGCGGCCGUCAAGCGGCUCCCGGCUUUGCGCCAACACACCUACGAGUGCUGGAACCUCGUCUCCAAGUGGGAGGUUGUCGAGCCGCUACAACAUAGAGCGCCCCUUCCGGAAGUGAUCUUGCGGGCCAUGGUUUGCCUGGCCCUUCUCUGGAAAUGGGAGAGGGUCGCAGGCAUCCUGUUGAUCUCAUUCUGGGGAAUCUCACGGCCCGGAGAGGCUCUUCGUUCCCUCCGGUCAGACAUGUUGCUCCCUUCGGACUUGUGCCUCGGCGACAAGGCGGUGUGCUACCUCAAGAUCCGGUCUCCCAAAACCGGCCGGCGCACCAAGGCUCGGGUGCAGCAUAUUUCCGUUCGUAAUGCAGCCGUCUUGCCCCUCCUGGAGCGUGUCUUCAAGAACCUCGCUCCGAACGAGGCGCUGUUUCCGGGCUCGCCCUCGGCCUUCAGGCGCCGGUGGGACUCCCUCCUCGACGCGCUUUUGGUGCCGAAGUCCUUCAAGCUCACUCCGGGAGGCCUUCGUGGUGGAGGCGCUGUGGCGGAAUACCACCGUGGCACUGAUCUGGCUACGCUCCAAUGGCGCAUGCGCAUUCGGCAUCAGGUCACGCUGGAAGCUUACCUACAGGAAGUUGCGGCUGAAAACCUCCUACUUAAACUGCCGCCACAUUGCACCGACCGCGUCAAAGCCGCCGCCAGCCUCUACGACCUCUACUUACUGCAGUGA